UUUCACGGUAGCGGCAGCGCGCGUGCGCACGCGUUCUUCUCUCGGUGCGGUUAACUGGGGGGCCGUCAGCUGGGUACGUUGAACCGAGAGACUUGCUGUGCGAAGCUACGCAUUUCCGCGAUGGCAGAAGCGACCCCACGGAAGGGGAAACGAGGUUGGAAGUAUUGCUGUGUCGUGGGCUGCCACAACAACACAUACAACGCCAAGGCACGCGAUCCGCCUCUAAAACUGUAUCGGUUCCCGGGUAGGUGGUACGAGAAAGAAAGGCGACUAGCGUGGAUCACCGCAGUAAGGAGAAUCAAUCCCGACGGAACUUUGUGGUUGCCCAAAGGGUAUACACGAAUUUGCAGCGCUCAUUUUGUAGGAAACUGCAAGAGUGACGUUAAUGGACAUCCAUCCUACAUCCCAACCAUCUUUCCCCCUGUGUACAGAAAAAAAGAACCUAACCGGCAAAGGGCACAAAGGUGGGAAACACGCCUCAACCGGUUAGUCUCAUCCAAGGAACUUGUUACAGGAAAUGACCAGCCAUCACAAACAACAGCUGAUGGAGCAACGAUGCAAGGGUCGGAAACCUCCACUCUGGCCGAUGUACCUCGUGACUUGAAUGUAGGGGAUUUCAGCGAUGCAUCUCUGGAAACAUUCACAGCCGGUCCCUCAUACAACAGCACGAUCAAUUUGCAUCUUUUGGUGGAAGCGUGUGGUGUAGCAGAAGAAAGUAAUUGUGCUCCAAAGGAAGACGUGAUAUGCCAAACAGAGGAAUGUGUGACUCCAGAAAAACUAUCUAUAUUUCUCUCAGUGACAAAUGGUACCGAGGCAUCUACUCAAGUUGUGCACACAAAAAUGAGCCACAAGGUUGCAAGCACGGACAGCAAUUGGAAACGAAACUGGGUUUCAUGGCUUUGAGUCUCUCAAAGAAAAGGAAGAGGCACUGCAAGAUUUUUGUGGCGUGACAUUGCAAGUGUUCAGCCUUCUUUUGAACUUACUGCCUCCGCCGAAGUACAGGUGUAAUGCGAUGUCAAGAGAAGACAAACUGUGCUUGUUCCUGGCCAAGCUGCGGCUUGGGAUAACAUACAGUGCCUUGAGAGCUAUAUUUGCCGUUACA